CGGGGGUCAGCGAGUGAUUGAUCCAUUGCUUGAUUCAUUCAGCGACCGUUUACUCAGUGCCUAGUAAAGGCGGGGCACCCCUGUGUUUCACAGUAGUCUGUUCCGAAUAGCCCUGUGAGUAGGUACUACGAUGCUCUUUGUUUUACAGAGAGAAAGCAAGAACAGAAAGGCUGGGAAACCUAACCAAAGUCACACAGUAAAGUGGAGGGAUCCUUUUUCUGUUUUCGUUUUUUCGGCAUAUGCUUAUGCCUUUCCAACAAACACACCCUAAAUUUAUCCCUUUGCUGGCUCCCUGUCUCUCCCCUGCUGAGAGUAUGGCUCCGCAAGAUGGGGGAGCUCUGAAGUUUUGUUCACGUAGAACAGUAGAACCCGUAGAACAGUAGAACCCGUAGAACAGUAGAACAGGCACACAGUAGGCCCUGACCUCUUGUUAAACGAAUAAAAGCGGCAGAGCAGGCGGUCAGUUUCGUUCCAGAGCCCAGACCUUAUCGGGCGGUAAUUGAGCUCUUACUGAAGGUCAAUUCUUAAAACUAGAGUGAGGCACUGUGCCUUCUGGUGGCAAGGAAAACUUUGGGGUUUUCCUCAACUUGGCUCCAUCAUGGAGGUUGCUAAUUGCAUCGCCUGUGUGGUCAUUGCCUUUCCGGGGUCAGGGUUCAUUAACUGAGCCCACGGCUCAGCAGCUUCAGACACCAGCUGAUCUGCCAUGGGCUUCCUUAGUUAGACUACAGAAGACCCAGUCUGAGGCCUCAGAAGGAGGUGCGCUCCCCGGGUCAGAGGCAGAGACAUGGUCCUGAAGUGAUGGUCCCAGCAAAGGUACCUUUGUCUUUGAAUCCGUGGGUCCUGCCUCCUUGGAAAUAAAAUAGCUCCUCUGAGGGGAGUUGGAAGAGGAGCGCCAGCCCAGACCCCAGGGGCGGAGGGGGAAGGCUCACAGGACAGACCCAGAUGCUCUGGUUAGAGGGAAGGGGCUCACAGGAUAGCAGGUCCUAGAAGAACUGGACCUGCAGUGCCCUCUGUGCCUUCCUUCAGCUGAGAGAGAGCAAGGCUGACUCGGUGACUCAACGUCUAGCCACCAUCAAGAGCUGUGUGAUGGUGGUCAGUUGAACCCCUACUGGAGGAGAGGGAUGAAGGUUACAGACGGAUGGCGGGACGCUGCCCUGCUGUAGUGCCUGCAAAGGCAGGAUCAGGCUGGAAAGAUUGACUACCUGCCUCACGGGACUUUCUCCACUCGUGACACAUUUGUGCACACAUCAUUAUAGUUCCCUCUUGUGCCAUGGGCUAUUUUUGUUUGUUUGUUUGUUUGUUUGUUUGUUUUUGGCCGCCCCGCGCGGCAUGCGGGAUCUUAGUUCCCCAACCAGGGAUCGAACCCGCGCCCCCUGCGGUGGAAGCACAGAGACUUAACCAUUGGACCGCCAGGGAAGUCCCCUGGGCUAGUUUUGGAUUUGAGUCAGUCCCAUAGUAUAAACAACCCACCUACCUGUAGCGGAAAUGUUGCAUCUCCUCUACCCUGACUGGAUGACCAAAGAGGUGUCUUUGGUUUCUGUGUGUCUGUGACAUUUCAGCGUGGUCUCUAGGUAGGCCAUCACCUAGCUCUGCUGCCUCUCAUUUUGAUGCUAGUAACUGGGUCUGGGAAGUGGCUCAUCAAGCUCCAUCUUGCUGAUGAGGCCUGUUGUCCUGAUCCUAAGGCAGGGAUUGCUACAGUAGCAAUGGUUAACAAAAGCUCCUUGCUGAAACUGUGUUUUGAACACCGCCAAAUAAGGAAGAGCAUGGCGAUCAAAUGGACAUAAUGGGAAAUAAGGAAGUAUUGGGGCGGGAACAGGGUGUUGGUGGCCCACUGAAGGGCGGAAGGAGCCUGGCGCAAGGUCAGUGGUUUCCAGCUCCAUGUGGAACUGACCAAUACCUGGCCCUUAACCUCCCUCUGCCCCCCUCCAUUCCUCCCUCCUCGCCCCUCCCUUCUGCCCUGCGCUCAGCUCUGGUUUGUCUCCUUCCUCCAGACCACAGCAAGCGGUCCCUGUCCUCCAGACUUUGCUCAGGGUCUAUCACCUCCAGGGCUCAGUGUGAUAAUAGGUGAUUUGCAAUCAUUUCUCCUUUUUAUUUUACUAGUAAAUGAUAUUGUGAAAAAUGAAAAAAUGCAAGUACAUAAAAGAGGAAAGGUGGAAUCACCACUGGAAGGUAAGCAGUGUCAACAUUUUCAUAAAUGCUCUUCUGGACUGCUCUUCCUCAAUAAAUACAUAUUGCUUAACAAAGGAGAUCGCGCUGCACUUGCUUUCUGGUAACCUACUUUUAAAUAUGUUAAGAGAUGAGAACAGGAUUGCAUUGCAUUUUUAAAGCCCAUGUGGUCUUUCCCACGUUGUGUGUCUAAUUUUUGAUCUGAGUCCCCUUUGCUGGAGGUUUAGUUGCUUCCAAAUUGUUGAAUGGUGGAAACACCUACAGCUAACAUCCUUGUAGCCUGUGCUUAUUUAUGAUUGCCUUUUUAUGAUACAUUUCCAGGCAUAGAAUUCCUGAGAGAAAGGAGAUGUCAGGUUGUUAAUGGCUUCCGAGGAGAUGUCUUUAAACACAAGUCAUAAAUCUGUCCAGGAAGAGAAAAUAAGUUCACGUGGAAAACCCAGAGGAUCUUAGCCGUGUCCCAGGGGAACAGGCUGGAGCUACCAGGCCACGUGUCCAGAUCAUCCCCGCUGUGGGGCAAGAGUGAUUGUUAUGAAGCUGGGAUGGUGGUCUCAUGGCUGUAGGCACUGAUCUCGACCCUCCUAAUUCUGCCUUCUUAGAUCUCCAUCCUUUGUCAGGGCAGAGCCAGAUGGCUGUGUCCCAGGGAACCUUGAUCUUCAGGGACGUGUUUGUGGACUUCACCCUGGAGGAGUGGCAGCAGCUGGACGCCACUCAGAAGAACCUCUGCAGGGAUGUCAUGCUGGAGAACUACAGCCACCUGGUCUCCGUGGGAUACCUUAUGGCCCAACCAGGUAGGAUCUUCAGGUUGGGACAAGGAGAAGAGGAGGCCAGGAUGGCAGCUGGAGAAAGCCCAACACGGAGGUGUCCAGAAUUCUGGCAAGUUGGUAACCCGAUAGAUAAUCACAAGGAAAGCCAAGACAAACCUCUGUGGCAAGCUGCAUCCGUUGAUAAGGAAACACUGAAGGAUGGAAGUGGCCAAGAAUUCAUAACAUACAGAAAAAUCAUUUAUCCAAGCACAAACUUUGUUUCUGUAAGACAAAGACUCCCUAAAUAUGAUUCAUGGGGAAAGUGUUCAAAACAUAAUUUAAAUUUUCUUAGUCAAAGUAGAAGCUAUGUAAGAAAGAAAUAUGAUGAAUGUAAGGCAUAUUGGAAAUUAUGCUUCCAUUCUAAUCUUGAUGAUAAAGCUCAACCUGGAGAGAAAUUCUUUGAGCCUAAUGAACAUGGAAAAGCCCUCCACCAUAAGCAAGCCCUUAAUAAAAGUCCAAGAAUUCAAACUGGGGAGAAAUUCUAUAAAUGUUCUGAAUGUGGAAAAGUGUUUAUCCAGAAAGCAAACCUUGUUGUACAUCAGAGAACUCACACUGGAGAGAAACCUUAUGAAUGCUGUGAAUGUGCAAAAACCUUCAGCCAGAAGUCAACCCUCAUUGCACACCAGAGGACUCAUACAGGGGAGAAGCUGUAUGAAUGCAGUGAAUGUGGGAAAACAUUUAUCCAGAAGUCAACUCUGAUUAAACAUCAGCGAACUCAUACAGGAGAGAAACCAUUUGUAUGUGGUGAAUGUGCAAAAGUUUUUAAGAGUUCGUAUCACCUAAUUAGACAUGAAAAAACACACAUUAGACAAGCAUUUUAUGAAGCUAUCAAAUGUGGUAAAUCCAGCCUUACACAUCAAAGGACUCAUACAGGUGAGAAACCUGAGUGCAAUAAACAUGGGAAAGCCUUUGAUGAGACGCCCACCCCCAUUAAACAUCAGGGAACUCAUACAAAAGAGAAACCUUAUGAGUGCAGUAAAUGUGGAAAAGGAUUCAGGGGAAAGUCACACCUUUCUGUUCAUCAGAGAGUUCAUACAGGAGAGAAACCCUAUGAAUGCAGCAUAUGUGGGAAGACUUUCAGUGGAAAAUCACACCUCUCUGUCCAUCAUAGAACUCAUACAGGAGAGAAACCUUAUGAAUGCAGAAGAUGUGGGAAAGCAUUUGGUGAGAAGUCAACCCUUAUUGUACAUCACAGAACUCAUACAGGAGAAAAACCCUAUAAAUGCAAUGAAUGUGGGAAAGCCUUCAGUGAAAAGUCACCACUGACUAAACAUCAGAGAAUUCAUACAGGAGAGAGACCCUAUGAAUGCAGUGACUGUAGGAAAGCAUUCAGUAGGAAGUCAACUCUCAUUAAACAUCAGAGAAUUCAUACAGGAGAAAAACCCUAUGAAUGUAGUGAAUGUGGCAAAGCCUUCAGUGUGAAAUCAACUCUCAUUGUACAUCACAGAACUCAUACAGGAGAGAAACCUUAUGAAUGCAGAGAAUGUGGCAAAGCCUUCAGUGGGAAGUCAACUCUCAUUAAACAUCAGAAAAGUCAUACAGGAGAGAAAACCUAUUAAUAUACUUUAGUGUGAGAUAAUUUCACUAGUUACACCUCAUUAUAUUAUAUAUCAAUUCAUCCUGGGGAGUAACCUUAUAAAUAUCAAAAAAUGUCAAAAACUCUUCAUAUAUUAUUUAAUGUUCAUUUAACUUACUAAAAGGCACAAAAGUAUAAUUCCAGAAGCAUAUAAUAAAUGUGAUCAAUUUUUCACCCAGAAUUCUUACACAAGUGGAGAACUGUAUACCAGAGAAUUCAUAAGUGGCAAAACUGUGAAUAUAUUGAUGUGGAAAAGACUUUAGAAAGAAUUUAAAUGUCCUUGCCUAUCAGAGAAUUUAUGCUGAGGAAAAACAAAGAAUUUAAUGAGUUUAGAAAACUGUGUUAGAAAUUAUGAGAGAAAUAUGUUCCAUAGUCUAUACCACACAUUUUGUGUGAAAGGUGCAGAGGUUGCAAACAAGCAAUCAUUAAGAUAUGUUCACUGUGGAGUAGAGGAUGACAUUUUUGAAAGAAAAAUAUAAAGCAAAAAUUAUUAAUUCUAGCUAGGGCAAACUCCCAGUUUACUUCUUAAACAAAAUAGAAAAAUUGCUUCCUUAAGUGGUGUGACAGAGGAUGAGUCAUCAUGAUCCCUGAAACAAAGGAGCUCAAACAGGAGAUCUUACACAUAUUCAUCAGCACUUUCAGUGCAGAAAUGCAAACCCCUUACAGAAAAGGCAUAUAUUAAGCUUUGGCACACCUCACUUAGGAACAGUGCUUACAACUUAAUAUUUAAGGGUAAUCAUUUUACGGUUACAUUUAUGCCUCAUUUUAUUAGUCAAUAAAAGAUCUUUAAUUUUCAGCUUAUCUCCCUUAACACAAUAUUAUUUAAAAUAAAAAAAAAUAAAUUGAAUAUCCAAUAGUCAAUUAAUUAAAAACUGACAUAUCAAUAAGAUAGAAUAGUAUGCACUAAUUAAAAAUUUUCUCAUGUUUGAGGAUUUGGGGAAAUGUUCAUGGUAAUUGGCUAAGUGAAAAAACAUAAUGUACCACAUAAUUUACAUUAUAAAAAAAUACAUCAAGGAUGGAUAAUGCACCAUUAUAUCAGUGAUUCUGGAUGGCAGAAAAAUAGCAGUUUUAUGCUGAGUAAAAUUAUUUGCACAUAUAUAUGUAUACAAAUAUAUUUGUUUUAUAUUUGUAUCUGUUUUAGGUGUGUGUGUAUAGGUAGACACAGAACAAAAAGCUCAGAAGGAAAUACACCAAAUUAUUAAGCAGAUUAUCCAGAUUAUCACUUGGGUGGUAGGAUUAUUGAUUUUUUAAUUUUUUAAAUGUUGUCUGCAGAAACUACCAAUAAAAUGAUCUUGUGCAUACUUGAUUCUGUCUUCCAA